UUGAGUGCGUUCUGUACUUGUAUUUCAUAAGUCUUACUAAAGUAUUCGAUUGACAAAAAUAUAUGUUUAAAGUUGUUGAGGAUUAGCUACAUAUGUCGGGUCGAUCUCUGGUAGUGUCUAUCUCUGAGUGUUUCGAUUUUGAGUGAUUUGUUUUUUGUAAGAGGACUUAUCUUUGUUCUUUAAGAAACACCUAUUCGAAAGCGUUUGGCAAACGUUUCCCUAAAAAAAUAUCCGUAUACUUUGAUCUUGAUAUCUCGUAAUAUAUUAUAUUUAUACGACGAGCUCAUGAAGUCCUCAUGAAGGAGUUCAUAAUCACGAAUUUAGUGAAAACCCGUCUUAAAGGCAUGACUGGGAUUGUUAUAGCCAUUAACGGAUUCCAAAACGAGAACAGUAAGUACAAAGUAGCAAAGGUUAGAUCCAUAAUGUAGCCAUUGCGUAGUCUGAAAUUAGAACCCUAACACUAUGUUUACAUAUAACGAUAUUAUCUUCAUUUACGAGUUUAACUCGAUAAUCUGUAAUAAAGAAACGAGAUUUCUCAUACAAAAUUCCUCUCUUGAUAAUCCGAGAUUAUAAAAUUAUCUCGUUUUAUAUAACUAGAUUAUCGAUGUUAUUCCUAACGAGAGAAAGAUGUGUAAUACAACAACAAAUACAACAGAUUUGACAAUUGAUAAUCUCAUUUGGCUAUAUGUAAACGGUUAGAUUAUUGAACGAGCUUAGAACGAGAUUAUUUUCAUAUGUAAACAUACUAUAAAGUACCUUUAUAUUCGGGUUCACAUGACACACCCGAAUCAAUCAUAUGUGGUUUCAUGACAGCGCUGCUUUGUUCAGAGAAUUAUGUUCAGUUUCAAAUUGAAAUCACAACAGUAAAGUACUCGAUAGACUAAAUAAUUCAAUACCGCGUAACGGCUGAGUGUUUGGCUUUAUAAGUAGUACUGGAAGCAAGUGUUACUAUUUGCAAAAUAUGUUUUUUGUAAGCACAUAUGCCACUCAAAUAACAAAGCUAAACACUGUAAAAGAUUUGCAGUAAAAAUGCACCCGCCAAAUCGUCACACCUACCGCCGCCUUGUAUGCGCUUUCAAACAAUUUGCGCUUAUCAUAAUAUUCAGCACGCUGUCACAGGCGUAUGUAACACCAAAAAUAAGUGCUCCAUCACAAAUUGCAACAACAAUGAAAACAACUGUAAGCGCACAACACCAAGGCCAUCACACUUGCUAUGACGCGCGCUGUCAAUGCAGUGGUUCUGUGCUUAAAUGUCUGAUGAAAGGCGUUACUAUACUAAUCGACAGCGGCGCGGCUGUGACAAGCAACGCGCGCUUUACUAUAAGCUGUGCGGCGAAUACAACUGCUGAUGAAAUACAUCAAGCGCGGUUCCCUUACCGCUUUCAACAUAAUAAGGCAAAAUUUAUUUUGGAGAAUUGUGUGGAACUGCCGGAAAUACUAAGACGCGCACGCAUCAACUACACAGGCACCAUCAAAUUCAACGGCGCAUUUCCAGUUCCUGCGCGUUUUUUAAGCAACGCGCUUGGUUUGCAGCGACUCCGCAUAGAUUUGGCAAUUAAUAGCAGCGCAGCGGAUAUUUUGCCGAUGCAAUUUUUUCAUAACCAAAAUACAUUGAAAGAACUGCGUUUAAUACUGCUAUGCAAGCCGCAAGCGGUAGCAGUACCGACGCAAAUAUUCCAUACGCUUUAUGCGCUGGAAUCUUUAAUGCUGCGCGUUUAUCAAAUCGAUGUGGAUGGCAUCACAAACACAGUGCUGCGCAAUUUGACAGCGGCACAUUUUCGUGAUACGUCGAAUUUGCGCAAGCUAAGCUUGGAUGGUAAUUAUAUGCAAAUAUUGCCGCGUGAUAUAUUUGCCACGCUCACCGAGUUAAACGAAUUGACUUUAUGCUUGAACCGUUUGGAGGCGCUGCCAAGUGGUUUACUACGCGCCCAAAGUAAACUGAUUAAGCUUGAUCUUUCAGGCAAUCUAUUGCAGAUGCUACCACCUGGCAUCUUCGAUACGACGCCGUACUUGUGGGAGCUUGACUUGGCCGAUAACCAAUUUAGUGUGCCCACAAAUGUUAUCGCUGCUGUCCAACCGCUGCGCUAUCUCUACCGACUCAACUUGAGUCACAAUAGCUUUACGCGCAUUGUAGGCGCUGGUGUAUUUAACAAUCAUACACUACUCACGCGUGAGCAAAUUAGUGAAAUUAGUGAAGCGCCGGCUUAUUUUCAACACUAUUUGGCGCACCUUCCGAGCAAACGGUAUGCACAGCAAUAUAAUAUGACUUUAAUCAAUCUAAGUCAUAAUCGUAUCACAGCAUUUCAUCUAAACAGCAUAAGCGCUGCUAAUGUGAGUUGUCCCUAUGAGCUCGAUUUCACCAAUAAUCAAAUAAAGCACAUAUACUCGCUCAGCCACCCACACCACAGUCAAGGCAGCUGCAUGCGCAAGUUACUAUUACAGAACAAUCCGCUGCAAUGCGACUGCGCUUUAGCAUGGAUACACAGCGUGAAUUUCUCGUUGGCUACCAACUGGGAGUGCGCUGAACACAGUGGCAGCAAUCACAUCUAUUUAUUUAGACAAGUAGCUAUGUGCGCUUGGACGCCAAAAUUUUGCCCCGCCGCUUGCAAUUGCCACUAUGAUGGGCAAGCGUUGUACAUCAAUUGUACGCACGCGCUGUUGGAGAGCCUAACGCAGCUGCCGCGCCCAAUGCAAGUUUCUUUGACGCGUAGCACGCUUGAUAUUACGCACAAUCGCUUUUUUGAAUUGCCUUCGAAUCUGACUUUCGGUUAUGCUAAUGUAACGCGCUUGUAUGCGGCGCACAAUCGACUCGAGAAUAUACAAAGCGCGCAUUUGCCGCCGCAGUUGCAAUUGCUGGAUGUGCGCUCCAAUCGUUUAGCGCGCUUGAGUAACAGUUUUAUACUGCACCAUCUGAAUGAAAGCGCAACUUUGCAACAACUUUAUCUCUCUGAGAAUCCAUGGCUUUGCGACUGUGACGCUGAGCAAUUAAUGUACGCGGUGCGUGCGCAUCGUAAGCGUAUACCGGAUGUGGCGCUUUUGGCUUGCGCGAAUCUACAGAAUACCAGCUUGUUGAAAGCGCGCUACGCAGAAGUGUGUGUGCCGGCGUCAGUGCGGCGCUUGCGCUUAUUGUGGUUACUAUUCAGCUUGUCGUUGGCAGUUAUUGUGCUAAUUAGCCUACUAGCGCUUUACUAUAAAUAUUAUUUGGAACUACAUGUGUGGCUGUAUGCGCACAAUAUGUUUCUCUGUUGUAUACGUGAAUAUGAGUUGGAUAAGGAAAAAACAUUCGAUGCAUUCAUAUCGUAUGCUCAUCAAGACGCGCAUUUUGUUAAUAACAUUCUCUUGCCUGGUCUCGAGCAGUUUGAGCCAAAAUUUCGCGUGUGCACGCAUGAACGGAAUUGGCUGGCUGGUGCUUACAUACCCGAACAAAUUAUUGAGUCGGUCGCUCAAUCGCGUCGAACAAUCAUUGUGCUCUCACAGCAUUUUAUCGCCUCGGAUUGGGCGCGCAUGGAAUUUCGCACCGCGCAUCAGUGCGCUUUGAAUGAGCGACGCGCGCGCAUAAUUAUCAUUAAAUAUGGUGAGCUUAUCGACUUGACGACGCUCGAUAAGGAGUUGCGCGCCUAUUUGGAUAUGAACACCUAUUUGGAAUGGGUGGAACAUCCAUGGUUUUGGAGUAAGCUGCGUUAUGCAAUGCCACAUCGCAAGGGAGAGUUACGUAGUGCCGGCAUGCUGGAGUUGAAUGAACGUCAGAGAGUUUAUGUAAUUGGUGAUGUGGAACUGAAUCGAUUACGUGGACGAAGUGACUAA